GGCCGGGGCGGGGCGGCGAUGGGCGGCCUGUCUCCUCCUCCUCCCCCCCCUCGGCUCCCGACAUGUCCGCCAACAGUAUGUCCGACCCCCGGCGGCCCAACAAAGUGCUCAGGUAUAAGCCGCCCUCCACCGACAACAACCCCACCCUGGAGGACCCCACCCCUGAUUACAUGAACCUUCUGGGAAUGAUCUUCAGCAUGUGUGGCCUAAUGCUCAAGCUGAAAUGGUGCGCCUGGAUCGCCGUCUACUGCUCUUUCAUUAGCUUCGCCAACUCCCGCAGUUCGGAAGACACUAAGCAGAUGAUGAGCAGUUUUAUGCUGUCCAUUUCCGCUGUUGUGAUGUCCUACCUCCAGAACCCACAGCCCAUGUCACCCCCCUGGUGAAGCUCC